UUCACCAGAUCCCUUAAGACCCUGGGGAAAUUCAGAGAGAGAGAGAGAGAGAGGGAUUAGCGUACCAAGAUGAGGGGAGGGCAAUAGACAGAAGUUUCCGUGACUUCUGUAGGGAAGUGGGGGUGUAGGGAGGCCAGGAAAACACAGGCUCCAGAGUCAGGCAGACCCGCUUCCAGAAGGUCAGCUCCACCAUUCCCAGCUAUAUGACCCUGGGCAAGCUCCAUGACUUCUCUGAUUCUCAGUCUCUCCCUCUGAAAAAUGUGGAUGAUAAUACUUAACCUGAGAACUGUUGUGAACAUUGAGAGAGAUGGCGUAUAUUUAGCACCCAGCAAACUGCCUGGCACCUAAAAAAGUAUUCAAUUCCCAUCAGUUUCCUGCUCCUGUUCUUCCAGGAGUGCCUCUGCUCUGGAGCAAGGUAUCUGAGAACUGAGUGAGCUUUGGAAAGAUUGCCCUUUGCCAUAGGCUAGCAGGGCCUCCCUGUCCCUACUGUGAACCACCUGCUGUGAAGCUCUUUAACAGGCAAGGGUGGUUUGGGAAACUGAGAGGAGGCAAGGAAGGGGAGAGGGAAGGAGGGUGAAAGGAAGGGGGAAGGAGCAGGAAGAACAGACAUUGAAAGGGAUGAAGGGAAGACUGGUCAAGAGGAGAUGGCGCGAGACAGGGGCUGGGCACUGACGGGAGCUUCAGAGAUGAAGCUGAGGUUUAGGGGAAUACGUGCUGAUUGUCUAAGAGGGCAAAACUGGAAGCCUGGGGGAAAGAGGGAAGGCGGAGGAUUCAGACUUACAAAGGCUUGGGGUCAGUCAGGCGGACUCUCAUUCCUGUCCCUGACCUUCGCUCACUGUCUCCCCUAUUGCCACCCAGCGGAGCUGGAGAAGCAGAAAGGUCUGAUGCGGCCUAACGCCUCACAGCCUGGAGGGGCCAAAGACUCAGUGAAUGGGACGCUGGCCCGCAGUAGCCUGGAGGACACUUAUGGGGCAGGUGAUGGGCUCAAACGGGGCGCACUCAGCAGCUCUUUGCGAGACCUCUCUGAUGCAGGGAAGCGGGGGCGGCGUAACAGCGUGGGAUCGCUGGACAGCACCAUCGAAGGGUCUGUUAUUAGCAGUCCACGCCCUCACCAGAGGAUGCCACCUCCGCCCCCACCCCCGCCGCCAGAGGAGUACAAGAGCCAGAGGCCCGUCUCCAACUCCUCAUCCUUCCUGGGCUCCCUAUUUGGAAGCAAGCGGGGCAAGGGGCCCUUCCAGAUGCCACCACCGCCAACAGGCCAGGCCUCUGCCUCCUCUUCAUCUGCUUCUUCCACCCACCAUCACCACCACCACCACCACCACGGUCACAGCCACGGUGGCCUGGGGGUGCUACCUGAUGGGCAGUCCAAGCUCCAGGCCCUGCAUGCCCAGUAUUGCCAAGGACCGGGCCCUGCUCCACCGCCCUACCUCCCGUCCCAGCAACCCCCUCUACCCCCACCUCCUCAGCAGCCCCCACCCCUACCCCAGCUGGGCUCCAUCCCACCGCCUCCAGCCUCGGCCCCACCUGUGGGGCCACACCGCCACUUCCAUGCCCAUGGCCCAGUCCCAGGCCCCCAGCACUAUACCUUGGGUCGGCCAGGCAGGGCUCCCAGGCGGGGAGCUGGAGGACACCCUCAGUUUGUGCCACAUGGCCGCCACCCCCUGCACCAGCCCACAUCCCCAUUGCCCCUGUACAGUCCUGCCCCCCAGCACCCUCCAGCCCACAAACAGGGCCCCAAGCACUUCAUCUUUAGUCACCACCCACAGAUGAUGCCAACAGCGGGGGCUUCUGGGGGCCCUGGAUCCCGGCCGCCAGGAAGUUCCUACUCCCACCCCCACCACCCCCCGUCACCAUUGUCACCGCACUCACCCAUCCCACCCCACCCCUCCUACCCACCCCUGCCCCCACCUUCACCCCAUACCCCGCACUCACCCCUGCCACCCACCUCACCCCAUGGUCCUCUGCACGCCUCUGGGCCCCCUGGCACAGCCAAUCCACCCACUGCAAACCCCAAGGCCAAGCCAAGCCGGAUCAGCACCGUGGUCUGA